AUGGGGAGAUCCCUGCUGCUGGAUGGGGAGAUCCCACUGCUGCAUGGGGAGAUCCCACUGCUGGAUGGGGAGAUCCUGCUGCUGCAUGGGGAGAUCCCACUGCUGGAUGGGGAGAUCCUGCUGCUGCAUGGGGAGAUCCCACUGCUGGAUGGGGAGAUCCCACUGCUGCAUGGGGAGAUCCCACUGCUGGAUGGGGAGAUCCUGCUGCUGCAUGGGGAGAUCCCACUGCUGGAUGGGGAGAUCCCUGCUGCUACCGAGGUGGAGCACAUUAUCUCUGCCCUGGAGAGCAAGAGAACUGGUUUCCACCAUCAGAGGUGGACAACGGUUGCUCAUUACCCCUUCCCGUUAAUUCCCGAAACCACUGGGAGUUCUGAACUGGGGCUCCCAGGAAGAGGAUGCUGCCUAGUACUGGGGUUCAUGUACAAGGAGAAGUACCGCAGGAUGACUGAAGGCCAGGCGUCCUCGUUCACCCAGCAGCCCCAGGACCAGGUGGUGAUCGCAGGGCAGCCGGUGACGCUGCUCUGUGCCAUCCCCGAGUACAAUGGCAUCGUGCUCUGGAUCAAGGACGGGCUGGCCCUUGGAGUGGGACGGGAUCUCUCAAGUUAUCCACGCUACCUGGUUGUAGGAGACCAUCUGUCGGGUCAGCACCACUUGAAAAUCCUGCGAGCUGACCUCCAGGAUGACGCCGUGUACGAGUGCCAGGCCAUCCAAGCAGCCAUCCGAUCCAGACCUGCCCGGCUGACUGUCCUGGUUCCUCCAGAUGACCCUGUCAUUAUGGGGGGGCCCAUCAUCAGCCUCAGGGCAGGAGACCCCCUGAACCUGACCUGCCAUGCAGACAACGCCAAGCCAGCAGCCUCCAUCAUCUGGAUGCGGAGGGGAGAGGUCAUCAAUGGAGCCACCUAUUCCAAGACACUCCUCCGUGAUGGCAAGAGGGAGAGCAUCAUGAGCACGCUGUUCAUCUCCCCCUCCGACAUCGAGAACGGGGAGAGCAUCGUGUGCCGUGCCACCAACAAAGCCAUUCCCAGCGGGAAGGAGACUUCUGUCACCAUUGACAUCCAGCACCCACCCCUGGUGAACCUGUCCGUGGAGCCACAGCCAGUGCUGGAGGACAACACCGUGAAGUUCCACUGCUCCGCCAAGGCCAACCCUGCUGUCACCCAGUACAGGUGGGCAAAAAAAGGCCAGGUUAUAAAGGAAGCCUCUGGUGACUUCUAUGAAACCAUCGUGGACCACACGUUCUUCUUUGAGCCCGUCUCCUGCGAGGUCACCAAUGCUCUGGGCAGCACGAACAUCAGCAGGACUGUGGAUGUCUACUUUGGGCCCAGGAUGGCGACAGAACCACAGUCCCUCCUGGUUGACCUGGGCUCGGACGCCGUGUUCAACUGUGCCUGGACUGGGAACCCCUCUCUCACCAUCGUCUGGAUGAAGCGAGGCUCGGGCGUGGUCCUGAGCAAUGAGAACAAGCUGAUCCUGAAGUCAGUCCGCCAGGAAGACGCUGGGAAAUACGUGUGCCGGGCCGUGGUGCCGCGGGUGGGCGCGGGGGAGCGGGAGGUGACGCUCACCGUCAACGGGCCCCCCAUUAUCUCCAGCACACAGACCCAGCAUGCCCUGCAUGGCCAGAAGGGGCAGAUCAAGUGUUUCAUCCGCAGCACUCCUCCACCAGACCGAAUUGCUUGGUCCUGGAAGGAAAACGUCCUGGAAUCUGGGACCUCCGGGCGCUACACGGUGGAGACAGUGAGCACAGAUGAGGGGGUCAUCUCCACGCUGACCAUCAGCAACAUUGUCCGGGCUGAUUUCCAAACCAUCUACAACUGCACCGCCUGGAACAGCUUCGGCUCUGACACAGAGAUCAUCCGGCUCAAGGAGCAAGGUACGGAAAUGAAAUCAGGAGCUGGUAUUCAAGCAGAGUCGGUGCCGAUGGCGGUGAUCAUCGGGGUGGCCGUGGGGGCUGGCGUGGCGUUCCUGGUGCUGAUGGCCACCAUCGUCGCCUUCUGCUGUGCCCGCUCCCAGAGGAAUCUCAAGGGUGUGGUUUCUGCCAAGAACGACAUCCGCGUGGAGAUCGUGCACAAGGAGCCGUCCUCGGGCAGGGAGGCCGAGGAGCACCCGACCAUCAAACAGCUGAUGAUGGACCGGGGGGAGUUCCAGCAGGAUUCAGUGCUGAAGCAGCUCGAGGUGCUCAAGGAAGAGGAGAAGGAGUUUCAAAACCUUAAGGACCCAACCAACGGCUACUACAGCGUGAACACCUUCAAGGAGCACCACUCCACUCCCACCAUCUCGCUGUCGGGCUGCCCGGCUGACCUGCGCCCGGCCGGCAAGCAGCGGGUGCCCACGGGCAUGUCCUUCACCAACAUCUACAGCACUCUGAGCGGGCAGAGCCGCCUCUACGACUACAGCCAGCGCUUCGUGCUGGGCAUGGGCAGCAGCUCCAUCGAGCUGUGCGAGCGCGAGUUCCAGCGCGGCUCCAUGAGCGACAGCAGCUCUUUCCUCGACACCCAGUGCGACAGCAGCAUCAGCAGCAGCGGCAAGCAGGACGGCUACGUGCAGUUCGACAAGGCCAGCAAGGCCUCCGCAUCCUCCUCCCACCACUCCCAGUCGUCUUCCCAAAACUCAGACCCCAGCCGGCCCCUGCAGAGGCGGAUGCAGACGCACGUUUGA